CUCGGCUACCUAGGGUUUAGGCGGGAGCGACUAGCUAUGGCGCUGGAGAUCGAAGCACGAGACGUGAUCAAGGUGAUGCUCCAGUUUUGCAAGGAGAAUUCCCUCCACCAGACCUUCCAGACGAUCCAGAACGAGUGCCAGGUCUCGCUCAACAGUGUGGAGAACUACGAUGCGUUUGUGUCCGACAUGAACGAUGGCCGCUGGGACGCUGUCUUGCCUCAAGUCGCGCAGCUUAAGCUUCCAAAGAAAAAACUGGAGGAUUUAUACGAGCAGGUGGUUCUAGAGAUGAUUGAAGUGAGAGAGCUCGAUACCGCGAGGGCGAUUUUGAGGCAGACCCAGGCAAUGGAUUACAUGAAGCAAGAACAGCCUGAGCGGUACCUUCGUUUAGAGCAUCUCCUUGUGAGGACAUACUUCGAUGCUCGAGAGGUAUAUCAGGAUUCUUCCAAGGAGAAACGAAGGAGUCAAAUUGCUCAAGCUAUAGCUGCCGAAGUCGAGGUGGUGCCACCGUCGAGAUUAAUGUCGCUCAUUGGCCAGGCUCUCAAGUGGCAACAGCAUCAAGGCAUGCUUCCUCCUGGGACGCAGUUCGACUUGUUCAAGGGUACUGCCGCUGCGAAGGCUGAUAUAGAAGAAACUUAUCCAACGACGUUGCAACACUCCAUCAAGUUUGGGAAGCAAAAUUGCGAGUGUGCUUGUUUCUCUCCUGAUGGACAAUUUUUGGUUUCAUCCUCCGUUGAUGGCUUCAUAGAGGUCUGGGAUUAUAUCACUGGAAAGUUGAAAAAGGACCUGCAGUAUCAAGCGGAGGACUCGUUUAUGAUGCAUGAAGAUGCAGUUUUGACGGUUGCCGUGAGCCGCGACUCUGAAAUGCUUGCCUCUGGUGCUCAAGAUGGAAAAAUCAAGGUUUGGAGGAUACGAACAGGCCAAUGCCUGAAACGUUUUGACAAAGCGCAUGGGAUGGGCGUGACAACGGUUUCGUUCUCAAGGGACAACAGCCAGAUUCUUAGUGCCUCGUUCGAUGAAACUGCGAGGAUUCAUGGACUCAAGUCUGGGAAGCAAUUAAAAGAGUUUCGCGGUCACACUUCCUAUGUCAACGACGCCAUCUUUGCAACGGAAGUGAAUCGAAUUAUUACAGCCUCGAGCGACGGCACUGUCAAGGUGUGGGACAUGAGAACCACUGACUGCUUACAAACGUUGAAACCUCCCCCACCUUUGAGGGGAGGGGACGCUGCUAUCAACUCCGUGCAUCUACUUCCAAAAAGCCCAGAACACAUCGUCGUUUGCAGCAGAUCGUCGUCUAUAUACGUGAUGACUUUGCAAGGCCAGGUUGUCAAGAGCUUCUCGUCUGGCAAAAGAGAGGGUGGCGAUUUCGUCGCGGCCUGCGUCUCGCCAAAAGGAGACUGGAUUUAUUGCGUUGGAGAAGACAUGAAUGUCUACUGCUUUAGCAAUCAAGCAGGGAAGCUGGAGCAUCUCUUAAAGGCACACGACAAGGACAUUAUCGGGAUCAGCCACCACCCGCAUCGAAACCUCCUCGUCACGUACAGUUUGGAUUCAACGAUGAAGCUCUGGAGGCCGUGACGAGCGAAACGAGAAGGAAAGGCCAUGAAAAGAUCCAUUCGAGGCGAGACGAGACGGGAGAGAAGCUAACGAGAAUUCGCUACGCUCGCGACAAGAGAGAAGCUGUUAUCAACAACUGUGUAUGUAGAUUACAAGACAAUCUCUUUACAGUACCGGGUAAGCACCUUUGUGCCUUUCUUUCCUUUUUCUUUUCUUCGCUAUCUUUUCUCAUGCCUGCGUUUCCCUGUUGACAAUAGAAAUAGCAGCACUAGCAUUUUUCUCA